GCUUUCCGACGCCCGGGCGUUGCGCGCGCUUGCUCUUUAAGUACUCAGACUGCGCGGCGCGCAGCCGUCACCAUGGUGACGCGUGUCCCAGCAACCGAACUGAAUGGCUGUUGCUUGGCAAUGCCGGGAGUUGAGGUUUGGGGCCGCCCACCUAGCUACUCGUGUUUUCUCCGGUCUGCGAGUGGGGGGGCUCCCCGCCUCCCCAGCCCGCGCUCCCGGGCGCGCUGACGUCAGAUGUCCCCACCCCGCCCAGCGCCUGCUCCAGGGUCUCGCCGCGCACAAAGCUGCGCCUCCGGCGCCUCGCGGCGCGCGGGCGGGAGCGGUGGUCUCUCGCCUGCUGAUCUGAUGCGCUCCAAUCCCGUGCCUCGCCGAAGUGUUUUUAAAGUGUUCUUUCCAACCUGUGUCUUUGGGGCUGAGAACUGUUUUCUGAAUACAGGCGGAACUGCUUCCGUCGGCCUAGAGCGCAGCCUGCGACUGCGGGACCCAAGUUCCACGUGCUGCCGCGGCCUGGGAUAGCUUCCUCCCCUCGUGCACUGCUGCCGCACACACCUCUUGGCUCUCGCGCAUUACGCACCUCACGUGUGCUUUUGCCCCCCACUAAGUGCCUACCUGUCCCCAAUACCACUCUGCUCCCCAAAGGAUAGUUCUGUGUCCGUAAAUCCCAUUCUGUCACCCCACCUACUCUGUGCACCCCUCCUUUUUUUGUUUUGAGACGGAGUCUUGCUCUGUCGCCCAGGCUGGAGUGCAAUGGCGCGAUCUCGGCUCACUGCAACCUCCGCCUCCCGGGUUCAAGCGAUUCUCCUGCCUCAGCCUCCUGAGUAGCUGGGGUUACAGCGCCCGCCACCACGCUCGGCUAAUUUUUGUGUUUUUAGUAGAGACGAGGUUUCACCAUCUUGGCCAGGCUGGUCUUGAACUCCUGACCUUGUGAUCCACCCGCCUCGGCCUUCCAAAGUGCUGGGAUUACGGGCGUGAGCCACCGCGCCACGCCCGAUCUGCCUCUUAAGUACAUAAUGGCCCACACAGAACGUGUGUCCAACUCCCCCGCCCACGUUCCAAUGUCCUCUCCCACAUACCUCGGUGCCCCUUCCACAAACCUCAGGACCCCACCCGCUUAGCUCCAUUUCCUCCAGACGCCACCACCACGCGUCCCGGAGUGCCCCCUCCUAAAGCUCCUAGCUGUCCACCAUGCUUUGUUACAGGUUCUGGUCAUGCAAGCUCUACCCCAGGUGGAGAAAAGGAGACUUCGGCUACCCAAAGAAGUUCAAUGCCCAGCUCUACUGAGAAGAAUGCUGUGAGUAUGACCAGCAGUGUACUCUCCAGCCACAGCCCCGGUUCAGGCUCCUCCACCACUCAGGGACAGGAUGUCACUUCGGCCCCGGCCACGGAACCAGCUUCAGGUUCAGCUGCCACCUGGGGACAGGAUGUCACCUCGGUCCCAGUCACCAGAUCAGCCCUGGGCUCCACCACCCCUCCAGCCCACGAUGUCACCUCAGCCCCGGACAGCAAGCCAGCCCCGGGCUCCACCACCCCGCCAGCCCACGAUGUCACCUCAGCCCCGGACAGCAAGCCAGCCCCGGGCUCCACCACCCCGCCAGCCCACGAUGUCACCUCGGCCCCGGACAGCAAGCCAGUCCCGGGCUCCACCGCCCCCCCAGCCCACGGUGUCACCUCGGCCCCGGACACCAGGCCGGCCCCGGGCUCCACCGCCCCCCCAGCCCACGGUGUCACCUCGGCCCCGGACACCAGGCCGGCCCCGGGCUCCACCGCCCCCCCAGCCCACGGUGUCACCUCGGCCCCGGACACCAGGCCGGCCCCGGGCUCCACCGCCCCCCCAGCCCACGGUGUCACCUCGGCCCCGGACACCAGGCCGGCCCCGGGCUCCACCGCCCCCCCAGCCCACGGUGUCACCUCGGCCCCGGACACCAGGCCGGCCCCGGGCUCCACCGCCCCCCCAGCCCACGGUGUCACCUCGGCCCCGGACACCAGGCCGGCCCCGGGCUCCACCGCCCCCCCAGCCCACGGUGUCACCUCGGCCCCGGACACCAGGCCGGCCCCGGGCUCCACCGCCCCCCCAGCCCACGGUGUCACCUCGGCCCCGGACACCAGGCCGGCCCCGGGCUCCACCGCCCCUCCAGUCCACAAUGUCACCUCGGCCUCAGGCUUUGCAUCAGGCUCAGCUUCCACUCUGGUGCACAACGGCACCUCUGCCAGGGCUACCACAACCCCAGCCAGCAAGAGCACUCCAUUCUCAAUUCCCAGCCACCACUCUAAUACUCCUACCACCCUUGCCAGCCAUAGCACCAAGACUGAUGCCAGUAGCACUCACCAUAGCACGGUACCUCCUCUCACCUCCUCCAAUCACAGCACUUCUCCCCAGUUGUCUGUUGGGGUCUCUUUCUUUUUCCUGUCUUUUCACAUUUCAAACCUCCAGUUUAAUUCCUCUCUGGAAGAUCCCAGCACCAACUACUACCAAGAGCUGCAGAGAGACAUUUCUGAAUUGUUUUUGCAGAUUUAUAAACAAGGGGGUUUUCUGGGCUGCUCCAAUAUUAAGUUCAGCCCAGGAUCUGUGGUGGUACAAUCGACUCUGGCCUUCCGAGAAGGUACCACCAAUGCCCACAACGUGGAGACACAGUUCAAUCAGCAUAAAACGGAAGCAGCCUCUCGAUAUAACCUGACGAUCUCAGACAUCAGAGUGAGUGAUGUGCCAUUUCCUUUCUCUGCCCAGUCUGGGGCUGGGGUGCCAGGCUGGGGCAUCGCGCUGCUGGUGCUGGUCUGUGUUCUGGUUGCGCUGGCCGUCGUCUAUCUCAUUGCCUUGGCUGUCUGUCAGUGCCGCCGAAAGAACUACGGGCAGCUGGACAUCUUUCCAGCCCGGGAUGCCUACCAUCCUAUGAGCGAGUACCCCACCUACCACACCCAUGGGCGCUAUGUGCCCCCUAGCAGUACCAAUCAUAGCCCCUAUGAGAAGGUGAGAUUGGGCCCCACAGGCCAGGGGAAGCAGAGGCUUUGGCUGGGCAAGGGUUCUGAAGGGGGUACUUGGAAAACCCAAAGAGCUUGGAAGAGGUGAGAAGUGGCGUGAAGUGAGCAGGGGAGGGCCUGGCAAGGAUGGGGGGCAGAGGUCAGAGGAGUUCUGGGGGACAGGCCCGGGAGGAGACUAUGGAAGAAAGGGGCCCUCAAGAGGGAGUGGCCCCACUGCCAGAAUUCCUAAAAGAUCAUUGGCCGUCCACAUUCAUGCUGGCCGGCGCUGGCUGAACUGGUGCCACCGUGGCGGUUUUGUUUUGUUUUGUUUUUUUGCACCCAGAGGCAAAAUGGGUGGAGCACUAUGCCCAGGGGAGCCCUUCCCGAGGAGUCACAGGGGUGAGCCCCUGUGCCCCUAAUCAUCUCCUCGGAAUGGAGGGUAGACCAAGAAACGCUGGCAUAGGGGGAGGUUUCCCAGGUAGAGGAAGAAGUAUCAGCAGACCAGGUGAGCCUGGGUGCCAGUGCGGUUCUUGGGAGCUUCAAGGAAGCAAGGAACACUCCCUCCUUCCUUUCCUGGUCUUUCUCUGUGGGACCUAGUAAAUAAUUACUGCAGCCACCUCAGGCUGGAAAACCACUCCAGGUGGGGGAGGAGAGAGGAGUUUAGUUUUCUUGCUCCUAUUUUCCUCCUCCUGGAGACCUCCCUCUCUCGGCUUUACAAAGACACAGAUACACACCCCCCACCCAAAACACACCUCCUUAGGCUGGAACAGCAGAGAAUGGAGGGACAAGGGGGCUGAUUAGAACCAAGGAGAGGGAGUGAAGGAGAGCAGAGGGAGGAGGGCAGCCCUGUUUACAGUCACCUGGCUGGUGGGGUGGCAGGUGCUCUCUCUGAAUUAACCCUUUGAGAGCUGGCCAGGACUCUGGACUGCUUACCCCAGCCUGGGGUGGCAUCCAGGGGCUCUAGGAGGUAUCUUCUGCUCCUCACCCUGGAUCUCUUUUCCUUUCACCCAGGUUUCUGCAGGUAAUGGUGGCAGCAGCCUCUCUUACACAAACCCAGCAGUGGCAGCCACUUCUGCCAACUUGUAGGGGCACGUCACCCGCUGAGCUGAGUGGCCAGCCAGUGCCAUUCUGCCCCACUCAGGUUCUUCAGGGCCAGAGCCCCUGCACCCUGUUUGGGCUGGUGAGCUGGGAGUUCAGGUGGGCUACUCACAGCCUUCCUCAGAGGCCCCACCAAUUUCUCGGACACUUCUCGGCCUGUGGAAGCUCAUGUGGGCCCCUGAGGGCUCAUGCCUGGGAAGUGUUGUGGUGGGGGCUCCCAGGAGGACUGGCCCAGAGAGCCCUGAGAUAGCAGGGAACCUGAACUGGACUGAAUAAAACGUGGUCUCCCGCUGC